UCGUCUGUUACUUUUAACUAAUUUUAAUGGUAAUUUUAAUGUUUUUAUAAAUAUUUUAAAAUUCUUGUUAAAAUGGCGAAUCCUUCUAAAACUUGCCCACAAAUCUGCCCUACAAUGAAUAAAGGUGAAGAGAAAAAAGUGUACAAGGAAGCUGGAGAAUCGAGGGGUGGGCAACUAACUAAUGCUGCGCCUUAUGUCCCUGGUAUGAUUAAACCCCCGGAAACCAAAGUAUAUCCUCCUGGAGCACCACCGAGAUAUUUACCUCAACCUACUGAUAGUACAAGUGGGGAUAUAUUAGGUAUGGGUCCAAUUGCUCCCUGGGCUGCUGGCCACAUUGAUUGGACACCCCAAGCAGGGUCCACAGGUGUGCGGCCCGUCGUUGACAAAUAUUCUAUAACGAGGUAUUCUACGGGUGAAUGGAGAAAAACAAAUGAAUAUACUCUUACGCCUCGAGCCACAGAUAAAGCAAAAGCAGUUGAGAAACAGACCAAGCAAGAUAUACAUGAUGCAUUUAUUAACAUGGAUAAUAAAUUGAAUGAUUCUAAUAAUAAACUUGAUAAACGCGUGAAAGUUCUAUCUCAUUGGAAAAAGGAGGUAGAAAAAGCGCUUAAUGCAAUUACUGAUGAAAUAGAUACUUUAGAUGAAGAUCGGGCUAAAUUGAAGGGAGCAUGCAGAAUAUUGAUGAUGCCAGAAGCGAUUUCCAGAGAAUGCUUGGAAUUAAGAACUGGAAGAUAUGAACCUGAUUUAGUUAGAGAUGAAGCUGAACAAGAGUUGAUUAAAGAAGUAGCUAUCGUAGGAGAGGUGAGAAGAGUGUUUCUAAAUACUUUGGCUAAAGUUGAGAAACAGAUGGAGAGAAAUAAAGCGGCGAAAUCAUCAAUUGAGUUCGAUUGGGGCGACAAAAUGUCUAGUUUGCAAGUCGACCGAAAGAAUUUGUCGCUCACCCCAGAUUCAAAUUUAGUACUGUGGCAUCCUGGCGUAGCGCGAUGGCCUGAAAAUGCAACCACUUUGGAAUACUGGGAACAUUACUGUGCAGAAAGUAUAAGGAACUGUGAAGACGUCAGAAAAAUGUCUGUCGAUUUGCGAGGAGAUCUCAUGACUAAUAUUAAAAUGGGCAGUCGAGAUAUGAAGCUACAGGCCGACAGAACAAACGCGGCUUUAGCAGAAACUGUUGCUGCAACCGAAGAGCUUUGUGAAAAAUUACAAGAAAACCUGAAGGAAAAUCUACAGAAGAUUGCAGAUAUUGAAAACCUCAUUAUUUAUUUAAAAGAUUCAUUAAGAAAAGUGGAUGAGAGGAACAAGUGUGUUAUGACUAGGUUAUUCGCCAGGAAUUAUGAGCGGCUGAAUGUUGAAAAUUGCAGGGACGAGGCGCAGUAUGCUUUAAUGGCUGAAGCUAAAUUUAUUAAGGAAACAUCAGAGUCCCUGCAGGAUAAAAUUCGUCAGGCUCAAACAGUGCGUUCAGAACUCAUGAAAUAUAGAGGAGAACUAGAAAAGGACAUCGCAUGUAAACGGAAGAGUCUUAGCAUUGAUCAGGACAGGUGCGAUAGGGUUCGCUCUCAUAUGCCUACACCUGAGGAAUUCGCGGCCGGUUAACAUUUAAUAAAAUAUCGCAACAAUGCUGAGUCAUUAUUCGAUCGCCUUCUGACAUUUAGAAUGAAU